UGCAAAACAAAAACAAACAAAAAAAAUAAUCCAUUCUUAGCUCAUUUUUUCUACAGAUUUUUAGGGUUUCGAAGAACCUUUUUACUCUUUUGAUUGUUGGGUUCAGAAAUUGUUGAAGAAAUUUUCAGGGGUGAUCUUUCUUAAAGAGAUGGAUUUGUUCAUCUGGGGUCCACCUUACUUUCAAGAUGAGAACAGUUUUCCAGGAAACAGCUUGGCUCAAAACUUCUAUUUCAGUCAAAAGCUUGACAUUAUAGAAGAAGAUGCCUUGAAUGAGAAAUGUUGUGUGCAAGUGCUGGAGAUACUCAUUGCAAAAGCUGAUACAGAAAUUGCUGAACUUGAAGAUGAUAUAGUGAUGCUACAAAGCCAACUAGCCCGUACAAAUGAAAACUGGUUGGACAUGUGCAUUGCUGCUUUAAAUAAAAAGAUUGAUCGCCUUGGUAGUUUGAUAACCACCUUGAAAAAUAAAAAUGUCCAAGCUUCUGGUGUUCACUUACAAACAAAUAGAAAACCAUCAGAGAGAAUCCAUGAGAUAUUAGAGACAUCGCUGAGAAAUUUCUCUUCUCCACGAGGCAAGCAGCAUCAACAGCCUGCAGACUCUACUCUUGGAAGUUCAAAGCUAGCUGCAGCUGUUCUUAUAAAAGUUGAAGCAAUAGACGACCACGAUUUAAAGGUUAUUGAGACUGUUGAAACGAAUGGCAGUUCCACUGUCCAGGCCAAUGUUAUGGUCCAGACACCAUUUGUGGUUCAAGAAAGAAAUCAUCAAGAAACAGAUGAACAUUCAAUCACCAAAGACUCCAGUACAAAGGCUUCUGGUCAUGCUAGUGACAAGUCCACUUUGAAGGAUUUGAAUGAGUCUGAUAUUCCUGGAAAGCUGAUUAAUGCAAGCAAACGAGAUAAUCCUUCACAUCUCAACAAUUUUGCAUGUGCUGUUUUAAAGAGUGCAAGAACAAAGCCUUCCAGAGACAAAGCUCAAUUUUGUGGAGCAUCAAAGAGGAAGAUCAAUGUGUCAGAAGAUUUCCUUGAGGAUGAAUUGAUGCAACAAAGUUCUAAUGAAGGCAUAAUCAUAAAUUCAUCUCCAGGAGUCAAGGAAACAAGCAUUGGAGAAGGACCUAAGCCUCCUGGAGCAAUUGUGAUGACCCGUCCAAGUGCUGUUAAACAAGAACCUAAAGGAUCCGGAGAUGAACAGACACAGAAUGGAGGGAAGGCUGGUCAGACUAGAGUCAAGCACACCUUAAGUCAGUUAGUAAGUCAAAAGCAGACUGGCACAAAAAAAAUUCUUGGAAUAAAGGGAAAAGGUCUGCUCACUGAAACUGGUCAUACUCUUGAAGACUCACUUGUGGUUUUGUUAAAUCCUAAAAAGAAAGACGGAAGCAAGCAACUGGAAAUAUUCAAAGGUGAACUGCGAGUGAAGCAACCCCCCAAAAGUCAAGUACUCACCAUACACAAAUCUAACUCAAAGUUGUCCCAAAAGCUAGAAGGUCAGAGGCUGAACUUCAAAUGGAACGUACCUACAGAAAUGGCUAAAGAGCUAUGUCUUGCCGAGGAAUUAGGGUUCAAGUCACCUUCUGGUCUAAAACUCAAGAGGCAGUUAAAGACUGAAAGUACUAAGGAGAAUGGAGGUGAUGAGUUCAGAGACAAACCAAUCAAGGAAAGUCUUUCACCACUUGGUGGAGCCAAAGGAACUGGUGACCUUCCAGAGAUCAGUUCAACUUGUUUGAUCCACUUGAAGAAGAGAAGGAUAACAAGUUCCACAGGACCAAUCCUCCAAGAGAAUGAGAAUUUGAGAGAUUUUCAGAAUAGGUUGGUAAAAUCACAAGACAGAUCAAAUCAAAACCUUCAAGUCAUUAAAGCUGAGAAUGCUGAACUUCUUGAUUCCACAACAUCCAUUGCUCUAAUACCGAACAUAACAGAUCUCAAGUAUAUGACAAUGAAUCAACUCAAGGCCGUGGCAAGGGAACAGAAACUGCACGGGGUAUAUAAGCUUCGUAAAGCUGAGCUGCAAGAAAGCCUCCGGGAGCUGCUAGCUAAAGGUCGGUCAACAUAAAAGCAAUUUCUAUAACCACUUUUUGUUCGCUACAUCCUCAAGUGAGGCAUAACAGAAUUGUUUAGAAGUUCUUACAAGAAGAAAAGGAGUUCUCUAUAGGAAAAGGGUGAUACUAGCAAAUCAUGUUCAUAUAACCAACUGUACAGGGAAAUUGAAGCUUUGCUUAUUAAAGAAUAGAUACACGAGAAAAAAAUAUAGAAAAGCGCUGAUUCUAGGAAUCGUUGUAGCCAAAUUUUUCCAGGAAGGCUUUACUAAUUUUGUUGAUAAUACCUUUCUUUAGGUACUCAAUUGAUCAUAUUACCCUGGUAAGAACCUCCUUUACAAAAGUUUCAUUUUUUGCUAAUUGAGCCUGGCAUUUUGCA